CUUCUCCUUCUAUCUUUACAAUGACAACAUAGAAUUAGAUAUAGAUCCCAAAGAAACAAAAUCUAUCUAGAUAUUGUCCCAAAGCUCACUUUGCUCCCCAAUUAUGCCUCUCCGAGUACUUCAAGGAGAAGCUUCUUUACCCUCAAAUGAUGAGUCAAAGAAGUCAAGUGAACACAAACGUGAAACAAUGUUCUUUGUCCUAGGAGGGAUAGUAGUGGUAACCAUAAUAUUGAUUCUUGGUUGGAUUGUAUUUAGAAAACGUGUGAAACGAUCACCAAAUCCAGUGGGAAAGACAGUUCCAAAUGAAGCUGAACCUACAGAGGUGAUGAAGGCGAUAUUUCCAUCCAAACAACAAUCAUCAGGGUCAAUGGAGUUCUUUAGUGGGAGCCUUCGGUCUAUUAGCUACUUUGAUUACCAGACGUUGAGGAAGGCAACCAAUAACUUCUUUCAUGGAAAUCUUCUUGGAAGUGGUGGAUUUGGACCUGUAUAUAAGGGAAAGUUGGAAGAUGGAAGGAUCAUUGCUGUUAAGGCAUUAUCUCUUAACAAAUCUCAACAAGGAGAAAGAGAAUUUUUGGCUGAGGUUAAAUUGAUCACAAGUAUCCAACACAAAAAUUUGGUUCGCCUUCUUGGAAGUUGUAUAGAUGGUCCUCAAAGAAUACUUAUUUAUGAAUACAUGAAAAACCGAAGUUUGGAUCUCUUCAUAUAUGGAAACAAUGAUCGAUUUUUGAAUUGGAGCACUAGGUAUCAAAUCAUACUUGGAGUAGCACGUGGACUUCAAUACCUUCAUGAAGAUUCACACCUAAGAAUUGUUCAUAGAGAUAUCAAAGCAAGCAACAUUCUUCUUGAUGACAAGUUUUUGCCUAGAAUUGGUGACUUUGGGCUAGCAAGAUUUUUUCCAGAAGACCAAGCUUAUCUUAGCACACAGUUUGCAGGAACAUUAGGAUAUACAGCUCCUGAAUAUGCUAUUAGAGGGGAAUUAUCAGAAAAGGCUGAUAUCUAUAGUUUUGGAGUUCUCCUUCUUGAAAUUAUAUGUUGCAGGAAAAAUACAGAUCAUACUUUACCACCAGAUAUGCAAUACCUCCCUGAAUAUGCAUGGAAAUUAUAUGAGAAAUCAAGUUUAUUAGAUCUUGUUGAUCCAAAGCUGAAACAAGAUGGAUUUGUGGAAAAGGAUGUUAUGCAAGCAACCCAUGUGGCUCUCUUAUGCCUGCAACCUCAUGCACAUUUGAGACCACGGAUGUCGGAAAUUGUGGCAUUGUUAACAUUCAAAAUUGAAAUGGUUACAACACCAAUGAGACCAGCCUUCCUUGGCCUUCGGUCAAGGAAGGAUGAAGAUAAUCAUUCUUUUGAAGUUACAUCUAUGGCAAACCACUAAUUGAGUUUAUGAUCUCUAUGAAGGGAAUAAGAGAAGGAAUUUGAAGACCAUAAUAGUCCAUAUUAAAUUCUCAUUUGCUUUUGGUGUUUGUAUAUACAUUGUGUGAGUUCAUAAAAUUAUAUAUGGUGUCUCAAGUAAA